CCUACAAAUAUAAUCUAUGGUUCUGAUAUAUUUUAUUUGAAAAGUUAAAUUUUUUCUCCUUAUCCUUACAUCAAUACAAUUCGUUGGAAGUUGGAAAACAUUUAUAAUUUAAUUUUUUUUACAUCAGUAAAGUUAUUACUUUAUUCUCUUCGAUUGUAAUUAUGUCUAUUAAAAUAUCUGAUAAUGAUUCACUAAAUGUUGGGUAAAAUUAAUUUUAUUAUUCUAAUGUAACUAAUUUUUUUUUUUAUUGAUUUUGGAAAACAUUAGUUUUUAUUAAUAUUCAUGAAAUUGCUUAAUAAUAUAUUAUUUUUAUAUUUAUUUUAGUAAUACAUAUAAAGUGGGCAACAAUGGUCAACUUAUAAAACUUGAACAAAAUAUUCUUGGCGCACAAACCUUGAUAGUUACUGAUGAUGAUGGAUCUCUUGAGUCAGCUGAUGAACAAACUACUGCUGCUGUUUUAGAACACGGUAAUCUAAGUGGGAUUGUUUUGGGCAAAACAAACGAUGCAAAUAUUACACAAUAUGAAAUAAGACCAAACAGCAAUUCAAGUUAGUAAUAAACAUUAACUAAAAUAUUAAUACAUUGAUUGUUUUAAACAACUAUACCUAUGUCUUCCUAUUUUGAAAUAUUUCUAAUUGCACAAAUAAUAUAAUUCAUGAAUGGAGUUAAAUUGUCAUACAUGAGUAUUUUUUUUUCAUAAAAAGUGUCUUGUUUAGUGAAAAUUACAUUUCAUAUAGUUUAUUAUUAAUUUUUGUGUAUUAAUAUGUAUAGCUAAUCAAUUGUACUACAACAAAGUUAUUAUUUUCAAUGUUUGAAACCACGCUUUAAAAUUGAUAUUACAUACUUAGUUUUAUUUUAUGAGUAUUAAUAAUUUUAAUAAAAAAAAACAGUUAAAAUAUUCUUAAAAUCUAUUUUUUAUUUUUUCAUUGGUCCAAUUUGGUAAAAUGAGCAUUCUGAAAUGAUGCUACUGCAUGAUAUGGUCAUUUAUAAUUUUUUUCCGUAUUGAUGGGGUAGUAUAUAAUGUCCGGACUAAUAAUUUACAUAUACCUAUGUGUAAAUUGUAAAAUAUAUACCUAAGUGCAUACUCAAAAAAUGUGACAUAAACCUUUGAGUAAACUUGCAUGUAUUUUUUUAAGUCUAAAGUUUAUAUGCUUCUAACAGUUUUCAGACAUAAAAUAUAAACACUUAGUAUUAAUUCAAUCUUAUUGUCCCAUAAGUUUAGUCUAAAAUAAGAUUGUAAUUAUGUAAAAACAAUAUUUCAAUCAUAUUAUAAUUAAUAUUAAAUAAUGAGCAAACAUUAAUCAAUCCAUAAUUAUUAAUAUGUGGAAAAAUUAUGAAAUUUUUAUACUUUAUGGGUAUCUGUUACCCAUUUUUUUAUAGCUCAAUUUUAUGUCGUGCAACCAAUUAAUGAUUUAUUUACAACUACAACAACAGUUAAAAGACCAAUUGUUCCACUUAAUAGUGAAAUAUCUAGAAAUAAACGAGUUGAUCGUACUAUUGUAUCAGUGAGUACAUUCAUAUAAUGUAAAUUUCUAAAUUUAAAACUUCAGUGUUUAAAACUAAUUUAAGAUUUAAAUGAAUAAUAAAUAAUGUUUAAAGAGAGAUGCUAAAAGACGGUUAACACAUAAUGAAGUUGAACGUCGAAGACGUGAUAAAAUCAAUCAAUGGAUAAUGUAUAUGAGCAAAAUUAUACCAGAUUGUGCUGAAGAAAACAAAACUAAUUAUGAUAAUCAGGUAUGUAUUUUAAUUAAAAAUAAUAUCUUUUAUUCUUGAUUAGUUUACAUUAGCUAUUAUGUUAUUAGAAUAUGGGUUUUUUUUCUAUGAGUAUCAGGGUUGAACUGGCCUAUGGUGUAAAUGUGGAAUUGCAUAUUAGACCUCAACUGUGUGAGCUUUCUCUACAUUUUGAAAAUGUUAAAUUGUGGUAUAUGUGAUGAUAAAUAAAUGUGAAUAUAUUAAAAUAAACCAGUUAUAGACUCUUAUGAUGUCAUUAAAGUGAAGUGCCAUUAAUUGUUAUAAAUUGAAAAUAAAAAAAGAUUAUGAAAUCCAUUAUAACGAGGUCAAAAAUUAUGAAACUAUAGAAGUAAAUUCUCCAAAAAAAUCAUAUUUUUUAAAUACAUUGUAUUAUUUCUAAAAUAUUAUAUAAAUUUGUAAAACACUAGAAAAUCGUUACCAGCAGGUGUUCUAUGUGAAUGAUUUGUUUCAUGUUGAAAAUAUUUUCCGGUAGGUAAUUAGAUUUUCUGCGCAACUAGGAAUAUAUUAGUGUUACUAUGAUAUGAGCUUUUUAUUUUUAUGUCUAUUAACGGUUUUUCUAUCAGAAGUUUUGUUCCAAUCAAAAAGUGAUAAGAGAUUUUGUAACAUUGUGGAUCUAGUUGGUGCAUUGAGGAGGUCAUUUUUUGAUUUUCCAAGGAAUUUUAAUAAUUGAGAUAAACCAGAAAAAUCAUAUAAGAAAAACUGACAAAUUAAAGGUAAUAAAAGUUUCAUUAUUUCUGAUUUUGAUUUUCUGACAGAAAUCUUAAUUCAAAUUUCAAGUGUAACAUCUUUUUGAAAGAAAAUUUUGUCUAGUUGGUUCAUUUGAAAGUUGAUUUGAUUUUUCAUUCUUAAUAUUUGGGAAAAAAUAAGGACAUUUUAUAUUUUUCAGUAUUUUUGUUUUAUUAUAAUUCAAUUAAAAAAAAUCAUAGAAAUCUGAAAUAUUGAUAAUACUUAUAUUAGACUUUUCUAAACAAUUUCAAAAUAUUCUGGUUUUUUGAAUUAUAAAUAUUUGUCAUUGAUGAGUUUUAAUUUGGUCAUUUGAUUUGUCAGCAAUGAUUUAUCAUUGUGUACAGAUAUAAUUCUAUAACUAUAAAACACAAAUACAGUAGUUAAAAUGCCUUUUAUAGUAUAAUAUUAUGCAUUUUAGAGCAAAGGUGGAAUUUUAGCAAAAGCAUGUGAUUACAUUAAUGAAUUAAAAUCAACUAAUCAGAGACUAAUGGAUUGUGUGAAACAAAUGGAAGCUGUUAAUAGGCAUAAUGCUGAACUAAGAAUGGAAAAUGAUGAAUUGAGAGGAUUAUUAUCUCAACAUGGAUUAUUAUCUGAAAGGUACUACAUUAAUAUUUAAUACCUAUUUUACAAUAUUUUAAUUCUGAUAUCAUUGGCUUUAAAUUUUGGAUUAAUUAUAAUAAAUUAAAAUAUAGGUAAAUAUCUACAAUUAAAUUAAAUAAAUAAAAAUUUAACACCAAAUUUAUGUAUAUAAAUAGUUUUAUUAUAAUUAAACAACUUUAUUAAUAAAAUAUUAUGCUUUUUUAGUUUUGUUUCUAGAGAUGGUGAUUCAUCAUGAGAAUUAUAAUUCUAAGAAGUUAUAAAUUAUGUUAAUUGAUUUAAACUUAUUCUUCAUUACUAUAUACGACAUUUUCGUAAAACUGAAGAGACCAAUAUUUUAUAAAUUUUAAAUGUUUAACAAUAUUGGCUAUUUGGAAUAUUUUCUAAAAUAUAUUUUGUUAUAAUUAGAAAUAGGUGAUUUGUUAUAUCCAGUAUGUACACAAAUGCAUUAUAAAAUUAAUGAUCAAAAGCAAAAGAAAAUAUGCUUAAUUAUUUAAUUGUUAUUAGUUAUCAUCUAGUAUCUAUAAUAAAUUGUACUUAAUUCUUAAAACAGUUUUAUUAUGUGUUAUUAGGUUAAUUACAUAAUGAAUACAAGUCAAACAAUGUAGAAUUUAAAAGGUUAUUAGCAUAUAUUAUUAUAAUAUUGAUAGAACUAUAUACUAGUUUGUUGUUUAUGUAUAUUUUAUUUCUAGAUCAUAAACUAAUGAUAGGAGUCUGAUUUAUAACUAUAAUGUAUAAAUUCUUUAAAUAAGUGAUACAAAUUAUCAAUAUCAUUUUUUUUGUUUUAUAAUAUUAGUUUUAUUUUUAAUGUACUAUAAUUUCACAAUCAUUUUGUUAAAAAUCUAUUAAGUUUAUUUGAUAAUUUCUAAGUAAAUAAAUGUUAUAUUUUUAAUGAAAGCUAAACUCACACAGACUACUCAACAAUUAUUUGUUGACAGAUUUAACCACAUAUCCACAAUCUAGUUACACCUCAGUCACACCAUGUCCUACAUUCUAUUAUUAUUUCAGCAUAAUAACAAUAAAUAAAAUCUUUUGAUGGCAGUGAGUGCUUCAUAUGUUGUGCUCAACUUUUCUAACAACCACAAUUUUGUGUACUUAGAUAAUAUGUACUGGAAACUACUAACCAUGCGUAGCUUAGCCUUGCUACUAUGUCAAAUUUUUGUGCAUGUAUAACUAUGAAAAAAUGUGACUAAAUAUUAUGUAGGUUAGGUUCCCUAAUCUAAUCUUAUUUUUAAAUAUAAAUUACAAAUAAUGACUUACCUAUUUUAAAUGUAAAAACUGUACUAUUCUAUUAUAUUAUAAAAUAUUUUGUUGAUAAAAAAAAAUGUAAAAUGUAAAUAAUUAUUUUUUGGUAAUUUAUAUUUUAUAGCUGAUUGAUCAAUUAGC